GAAGCCAUGACGGUGGCGGGGAAAGCGCAAGCCCUUCUCCGGCGGCGGCUCUGCAGCCCUACCUUCGCCCAUGCCGCCUUCAAAUCCUCCCCCGAGAGCAACUACAGCAAGCUGAGGUUCCUCAUCUCCAGUUCCAUCGCAGAGGCCUGCAACAACUCCGUCCUCCUCCUCGGUCCCCGCGGCUCCGGAAAAAUUGCGGUGGUGGAAUUGGUUCUUGAGGAUUUAAAGGCUGAACACCCUGACGCGAUCUCUGUGAUCAGAUUGAACGGGCUGCUGCACAGCGAUGGCAAUUGUGCGCUCAAGGAAAUUGCUAGGCAAUUAUGCAUGGAGCACCAACUAUUAUUCUCUAAAAUGGCCUCAUCUGAUGAUAACUCUCAGUUCAUGAUAGACAUGUUACGAGAGUGUGGUUUAGCUCACAAGACGGUCAUUUUCGUAUUAGAUGAAUUUGACCUCUUCACUCAGGGAAAGCAGCGGUUGCUCUAUAGCUUGCUAGAUGCAAUGCAAACUCUUAAUUCUCAGGCUGUAGUCAUUGGUGUGAGUUGUCGCUUGGAUGCAGACCAACUUCUGGAAAAAAGAAUUAGAUCUCGGUUCUCUCACAGGAAACUCCUUUUUGUUCCUCCCUCAAAAGAAGACAUACAAAGAUUAUUGGAAUACUUACUGCAUUUGCCAAAAGAUUCAAGUUUUCCUUCAAAGUAUGUCACAGAAUUCAACACAAGGCUCUCUAAUAUUUUAAGUGACAAGAAGUUCAAAGAAAUCGUCGAUUCACUGUUAGAUGUUGAUGGAUCAGUUAGCAACUUGUUGAGGCUCCUAUUCCGGGCCGUGUCGUACAUGGAUAUGGAGUCUGGAUUGCUCUCACUGGAAAACUUCAAAAGUGCAUAUUUAUGUACUUACAGGCAACCCAAGAUUGACAACCUUAAAGAUGCCUCCAUCCUAGAGCUAUAUAUAUUAGUCUGCAUGAACAGGUUGGAGACCAAAGAACAAAAUUCAUAUAACUUCAAUUCUAUAAUGAAAGAAUAUAAAGCUAUACAUGAUGCUUAUAAGACCUCUGACAACUAUGCAAACAAUGUCUGUUUACGGGCUUUUGAACAUCUUCUAGAACAGGAAUUGAUUGGUUUUACUGACAGCAAGGGACGGACUCCAUCCAUUGAAUUUCGCCCUGUGAAACUUUUGAUUUCCUCUCGUGAACUUUAUCAGGGGUUGAAGUCAAACUCUUCUUGUCCUGCUAUUCUUCAGAAAUUGUUCGAUCAUGAAAGUUACAAGUAACUGGCUGGUGUUCUCUGUUAUUCCAUAAGUUGCUGAUUGACUGGAACUCCAACUCCGAUGGUACUUUGGUGGUCUUGAGGUGAGAAAAUUGUUUGCUUUCUCUUUGUGGGCAGUGAGCUGUUAAUGACCUGCAGUAGAAGGAAAGACAUGCUGAUGUUGGAUGCGCUUCCUCCUUGGACUGAUAUGCUUUUUGUAUGUUAAUCAGUUUCCAUGCAUGGACAAUUUUUUUUAAUCAUGCUUUGCUAGCAUAUGGAGAUAUGCAUGCAGUGCAACCAGAUUGGCUAGCAUCCAGCUUGUAAACUGUCAAAUAUUAUCAGUAUUUAUUGAACACAAGUUGUCUAAGUGGGAAAACACAGGAAGGGGCAAUUAGAUGCUUUCUUUGUUCUGACAAAUGUGUAGAAAUGUGAAAACCAAUGGCAAAUUCUGGCUUAGAUCAGAAGUUGAAACAAGUGCCAUCUUGUAUUCUCCA